AUGCCCAAUGGGCGCCUCACGGUGCGGGAAGUGGUAGAGCAUUCCGAUUCGGUGUGCAUGGUACCCCUGGACUCGGAGGGGCAAGUUCUGCUGGUGCGUCAGUAUCGCAAGCCUACAGAAUCGGUCUUGUUGGAAGUGCCGGCGGGGGGCAUAGAAGAUGGUGAAUCUCCGGAAGAGGCGGCAAUGAGGGAACUUCAGGAAGAAGUUUCCCAUAUUGCCAAGACAUUGCGGCCCCUGCCGGGUUUCUGGCUCGCUCCUGGGUGGUGCGACGAAUACAUGUACACCUAUUUGGCAACUGACCUUCAGCCGUCGGAUAAGGAGCAAGACUAUGACGAGAUGGUCGAGACCGUAAGAGUUCCACUGGCACAAACCCUGGAACUAAUAGCCCGCGGGGAUAUUUGCGAUGCCAAAAGCAUUGCUGCGCUCUUGCAGGCUAUGCGGGUUGUUGGCGAAGAUGGUUCCGUGGAUAAUUAG